AUGGCGCCCUCGGUUGCUAAGCGUCGCAGUCGUCGGCGAGACGUCGACCUGCACGAAGACCCGGUUGAUAUGGAUGCCCUCGACUCGUCUCCCACCCGGCGUUCGGUCAAGAAGCGCAAGGUCGAACACACGUCUCACCCGGACUUUGAGAGGACCGUCGAACCAGCCGCCUCUGCGGACGAGAACGACGACGAGCAUGACAACGAGAUGGCGGCCAACCAGGACCUCGUCGACUCGGUCAUCGCCAACCUGGCCGUCGCAAGAGAGCCCGUUGCCGUCAUGACCCUGCACUCCAACGCCCGCACGCAGCAGGAAAACAAAGAAAGUGUCGAGGCCUACGCUAAGAUUGCCGGCCGCGACUGGACCUACUACGUCAAGACGCUGCAUGUCAACAUCGGACGCCCGCCAGACCGCGACCAGAGGCUCGAUGCCCAGUCUUCCCCCAUCACCGUCGCCGCCCAGGCCUUGCCGGACGUUCACAUCGACCUCGGACCGGGCAAGUUUGUCUCCCGGCUGCAUGCAGAGAUAUACUACGACCGCGACGACCCGCCGUGCUGGCGCGUGAGAGUCAACGGACGGAACGGCGUGCGGGUUAACAACACCUUCUACAAGCGUGGAACGGCCACCCAGAUCUCCUGUGGCGACAUCCUCGAGAUCGCCAAUACCCAGAUGAUGUUCGUCACGCCCAGAGAUAAGGCUGUUAUCGACCCGGCGUUCAUCCAGCAGGCCCAGAACGGCGUCCAUACCACCCGUGAAACAGACGAGACCGCUUGGGAUGGCUCGUAUCAUUCACACCCAACCACUUCCAACGCCGGUACCAGUUCCAGUGCUGGUGCUGGUGCCGGAGCACCCCGUCGUAUGUCCUUUGCUCUCAACAGUAGAGAACCGGCCGAUAAUGCUUCUGUUUCUGCUGCUGCGGCUAACUCUACUGGCGGUGCUGCCACAGCCAACGGUAGCCGUCGAGCAGCAGAGAUUGCAAACGCGGCCACCGUUACUCCCAAGCGGCAGACAACACCCUCCCAACGCCCACUGUCGCGAGAUACCAUUGAGCCAUCGUCCAAGGUCUCCCCCAUGUACAACCGGGGCUUGAUGAUGGAAAGUACCGAGGAGAUCGACUACAGCGAGGACGCGGCCAAGGAUAUCAAGCCACCCUUCAGCUACGCAAAUAUGAUUGCCCAGGCCAUCUUCUCCACCGAGGAAGAGAAACUGUCUUUGAGCAACAUCUACAAGUUUAUCAUGCAAAAGUACGCCUUCUACCGGCACUCGCAGUCCGGCUGGCAGAACUCCAUCCGGCACAACCUAUCUCUCAACAAGGCCUUCCAGAAGGUGCCUCGUCGCACAGACGAGCCUGGCAAGGGCAUGAAAUGGCAGAUCGUCCCCGAGCACCGCGAAGAGUACUGGAAGAAGCAGGCCAAGAGGAGCGGACAGUCUUCCACCCCUGCAUCCCCCAUCGGCAAGGAGAGAGGCGGCACAGCGCCUACCAGCCCAUCAACGGCCAUGUAG